AUGAGGAGACUGAGUUUGUGGUGGCUGCUGAGCAGGGUCUGUCUGCUGCUGCCGCCGCCCUGCGCACUGGUGCUGGCCGGGGUGCCCAGCUCCUCCUCGCACCCGCAACCCUGCCAGAUCCUCAAGCGCAUCGGACACGCGGUGAGGGUGGGCGCGGUGCACUUGCAGCCCUGGACCACGGCCCCACGCUCAACCAACCGCGCUCAGGACAGCGGCAGGGCGGGUGCCCAGAGGGAUGAGCCAGAGUCGGGGACGUGGCGGCCACCGGCGCCCUCGCAAGGCGCACGCUGGUUGGGGAGCGCCCUACAUGGCCGGGGUCCGCCUGGCUCCCGGAAGCUCGGGGAGGGCACCGGGGUCGAGACCCUGUGGCCACGGGAUGCCCUCCUGUUCGCUGUGGACAACCUGAACCGUGUGGAAGGACUACUACCCUACAACCUGUCUUUGGAAGUAGUGAUGGCCAUCGAGGCGGGCCUGGGCGAUCUGCCACUUAUGCCCUUCUCUUCCCCAAGCUCACCAUGGAGCAGUGACCCUUUCUCCUUUCUGCAAAGCGUCUGCCACACCGUAGUGGUACAAGGGGUUUCGGCGCUGCUGGCCUUUCCCCAGAGCCAGGGCGAGAUGAUGGAGCUAGAUUUGGUCAGCUCUGUCCUGCACAUCCCAGUGCUCAGCAUAGUGCGCCACGAGUUUCCGCGGGAGAGUCAGAAUCCCCUGCACCUACAACUGAGUUUAGAAAAUUCAUUAAGUUCUGAUGCUGAUGUCACUGUCUCAAUCCUGGCCAUGAACAAUUGGUACAAUUUUAGCUUGUUGCUAUGCCAGGAAGACUGGAAUAUCACCGAGUUCCUCCUCCUUACCGAGAAUAACUCCAAGUUCCACCUCGGAUCUAUCAUCAACAUCACUGCUAACCUGUCUUCCACCAAGGACCUCCUAGGUUUCCUGCAGGUCCAACUGGAGAGCAUUAAGAACAGCACAUCCACGAUGGUAAUGUUCGGUUGCGACAUGGAGAGUGUCCGGCAAAUUUUUGAAAUUUCCACCCAGUUUGGUCUAUCGCCUCCUGGGCUCCACUGGGUUCUAGGAGACUCCCAGAAUGUGGAGGAACUAAGGACAGAAGGCCUGCCUUUAGGGCUCAUUGCUCAUGGAAAAACAACACAGUCCGUCUUUGAGUUCUACGUUCAGGAUGCCAUGGAGUUGGUUGCAAGAGCUGUAGCCACAGCCACCAUGAUCCAGCCAGAACUUGCUCUCCUUCCCAGCACGAUGAACUGCAUGGAUGUGAAAACCACAAAUCUGACUUCUGGACAAUAUUUAUCAAGGUUUUUAGCCAACACUACUUUCAGAGGUCUCAGUGGUUCCAUCAAAGUAAAAGGAUCUACCAUCAUCAGCUCUGAAAACAAUUUUUUCAUCUGGACUUUGCAGCAUGACCCUAUGGAAAAGCCAAUGUGGACUCGCCUGGGCAGCUGGCAAGGGGGAAGGAUUGUCAUGGACUCUGGGAUAUGGCCAGAGCAGGCCCAGAGGCAUAAAACCCACUACCAGCACCAAAAUAAGCUACACUUGAGAGUGGUGACCUUGAUUGAACACCCAUUCGUCUUCACAAGAGAAGUAGAUGAUGAAGGUUUAUGCCCUGCCGGACAACUCUGUCUAGACCCUAUGACUAAUGAUUCUUCCAUAUUGGACGGCCUGUUUAGCAGCCUCCAUAGCAGUAAUGACACCGUGCCCAUCGAAUUCAAGAAGUGCUGCUAUGGGUAUUGCAUUGAUCUGCUGGAACAACUAGCAGAGGACAUGAACUUUGACUUCGACCUCUACAUUGUAGGGGAUGGAAAGUACGGAGCUUGGAAAAAUGGUCAUUGGACUGGGCUGGUUGGCGAUCUCCUGAGUGGAACAGCCAACAUGGCAGUCACUUCCUUCAGCAUCAAUACUGCACGAAGCCAGGUGAUAGAUUUCACCAGCCCUUUCUUCUCAACCAGUUUGGGCAUCUUAGUGAGGACUCGAGACACGGCGGCUCCAAUUGGAGCCUUCAUGUGGCCACUCCACUGGACCAUGUGGCUGGGGAUUUUCGUAGCUCUGCAUAUCACUGCCAUCUUUCUCACACUGUAUGAAUGGAAGAGCCCCUUCGGUAUGACCCCUAAGGGGCGGAAUAGAAACAAAGUGUUCUCCUUCUCUUCUGCCUUGAAUGUCUGCUAUGCCCUUCUGUUUGGCAGAACAGCAGCCAUUAAACCCCCCAAAUGCUGGACUGGAAGAUUUCUGAUGAAUCUUUGGGCCAUUUUCUGUAUGUUUUGCCUUUCCACAUACACGGCGAACUUGGCUGCUGUCAUGGUGGGUGAGAAGAUCUAUGAAGAGCUUUCUGGGAUUCAUGACCCUAAGCUCCAUCAUCCUUCUCAAGGCUUCCGUUUUGGAACCGUCCGGGAAAGCAGUGCUGAGGACUACGUGCGGCAGAGCUUCCCAGAGAUGCAUGAGUACAUGAGAAGGUACAACGUACCCGCCACCCCUGACGGAGUGCAGUAUCUGAAGAAUGAUCCAGAGAAACUAGAUGCCUUCAUCAUGGACAAAGCCCUUCUGGAUUAUGAAGUCUCAAUAGAUGCCGACUGCAAGCUUCUGACUGUGGGGAAGCCAUUUGCCAUUGAAGGAUAUGGCAUUGGUCUCCCUCCCAACUCUCCACUGACUUCUAACAUAUCUGAGCUCAUCAGUCAAUACAAGUCUCACGGGUUUAUGGAUGUGCUACACGACAAGUGGUACAAGGUGGUUCCCUGCGGGAAGAGAAGCUUUGCCGUCACUGAGACUUUGCAAAUGGGCAUCAAGCAUUUCUCGGGCCUCUUCGUGCUGCUCUGCAUUGGAUUUGGUCUCUCCAUCUUGACAACCAUCGGUGAACACAUAGUGUACAGACUGCUGCUACCACGAAUCAAAAACAAAUCUAAGCUGCAAUACUGGCUGCACACCAGUCAGAGAUUGCACAGAGCAUUAAACACGUCAUUUGUAGAAGAAAAGCAGCCACGUUUCAAGACAAAGCGUGUGGAAAAGAGGAGCUGGAGAAGAUGGGGUUGCAGGACAGAAGGGGACUCUGAAUCGUCUCUGUUUCCUAGGUCCAACAUGGGACCCCAGCAGCUCAUGGUGUGGAAUACUUCUAAUCUGAGUCAUGACAACCAACGGAAAUACAUCUUUAGUGAUGAGGAAGGACAAAACCAGCUGGGUGCCCAGACCCACCAGGACAUCCCUCUCCCUCCAAGGAGAAGAGAGCUCCCUGCGUCACUGACCACCAACGGGAAAGCAGACUCCCUCAAUGUAGCUCGGAACUCGGUGAUGCAGGAACUCUCCGAGUUGGAGAAGCAGAUCCAAGUGAUCCGCCAGGAGCUGCAGUUGGCUGUAAGCAGGAAAACAGAGCUGGAGGAGUACCAAAGGACAAACCGGACUUGCGAAUCCUAG